AUGCUGGAUGAGGUCCAACUGCGGGAGUUCUACGAGUUCGUGUACCCCGUCGAGCUCGUGACUCAGUGGUUGUCGUACAAAUUCGCUGCUGUGGAGAAGAUGGACGAUGUAAUUGACGCUGGUUUCGCUCUCUCGCCCCUGUUGUCGGAGGAUGUCGCCAAUAAGGAGCAACGCAACAUCGCCGCUGAGGGUUAUCUUGCGCGGCGAGAGUUUUGCUUUACGCUUCUCGGUGAUAUCUUUACACGCUUCCGAAGCUACAGCAGCGCGGCGGAGCUGCGACGUGAUCUCAUUCGCUGCUACCCGGAGAAGAUUGAUGUAGGGGCAGUGUACACAAUUCGCCCUAAUCAAAAACAAAGCGCGUCAAGCAUUCUUCCUCUUGAGCGUGAGCUUGUGUUUGAUAUUGAUAUGAGCGACUACGAUAGUGUAAGGUCCUGCUGCAGUGGAAAGUCCAUUUGCAACUACUGUUGGACGUGGAUGGCAUGUGCGGCCCACGUACUGCGGAGAAUUCUUCAGGAGGACUUUGGGUUUCGUUAUAUUUUGCCCGUGUUUUCUGGUCGACGCGGUAUUCAUCUAUGGGUGUGUGACAAGCGAGCAUGUAAGAUGCACGACGACGAACGUUCUGCGCUCGUGGGGUACUUGACAGUAGUGGUUCCUAAAGCCUCUCGUCAGGCUGUUGUGGCAGACUUUGUUAAUGGCAAACCCAUUCACCCCACCAUUCGUUGUGUGCAGAGAGACGUCAUCGACCCGGCGUUUACUCGGCUGUUUUUGGAGUCUUCCAAGUCGAACCCAAAUAGCAUCCUACACCCGCGAGGGGCCAGUGUCGUCCACUCCGCCAUCGUUGCAGCGCUUAAAAUGGGCUCACGCCGCGACGUAGAGCAACGGUUUCUGCAACACGUUCCCUUUGAGGAUGGAAACAUACUUGACUGGGGUUACGUGAUACGAGCUUUGGGGGAUGCUGCGGAGAAUAUCACGGCCGCGGCGCAGCUUCUGGUGAUGUACCCAAGGCUGGAUGAACAUGUCACUACACGGCGAGACCAUCUUUUGAAGUUGCCGUUUUGCGUGCAUCCCGGCACCGCAUCGCUCUGUUGUCCUCUUGAGUGGGACACUCUCGUUUCCUUCGACCCUCUCAUCGACGCCCCAAAGCUGCAGGAGAUGUUGCUGAACCGUCAUAUGGAUUUAAAAUGGCUGCAACCGUUAAAGAGCAUGCUGCAGGAGAUGGGUCUAGACCCUGAGGAGGAGCGUUAG